UUCGGGGUACUGAUCCAGAAGCUAAUAAGCAGUACGUGAUUUUGUAAAAUAUCAAAAGAAGCAAGAAAGGGGGAUUAAUGGCAUUCUACUUAUUAUCUGCGAAAUCAUCAGUACAAUCAGCCAGGGCUUAUACUUUAUUUAGGCACAGGCCUUGGAAAUUCAUAAGACCCAAAAGAAGUUACUCCAUAUCAUCAUCAGUGGCUACCUCAUCGACUCUCCUUGGUCCACCGGAGAUCUACCUUUUCUGACCCAAAACUCAUGACAUCAUUCCCCCACCGCCUUCUCCCUCCCACUGCAACCCAUUCAUUGAUGCAAUGGUCUCAAGCUUUAACUCCACUAGCAUCCAAAAUCCACCACCGCCCAUGAUGGGUUACACCGAAAACAUGUCUCCUACCUAUCUCACAACCGCCAACCCUUGUCUCGAUUUCUUUUUCCAUGUUGUCCCCGACAGUUCCCAACGCCUGAAACGAUCAUGGGACCACGACCCGUUGAAAACUUUGAAACUAAUCUGCAAUCUUCGUGGGGUUCGAGGGACGGGAAAAUCAGAUAAAGAAGGGUAUUAUACCUCGGCUUUAUGGCUUCAUAAAAACCAUCCCCAAACUCUUGCCUGCAAUGUGGCUUCUUUGGCGAAAUUUGGGUAUUUUAAAGACUUGCCAGAGAUACUAUUUCGACUUCUAGAAGGACUUGACGUUCGGGAAAAGGAAUCGAAGGAGCAUAAGAGAAAAACAGAAGCUCGACUGAGACGCUUAAAAUAUCGAACCAAAAGCAGGGAUGAUUCAGAUGCAAAUAAGAAAAAUGUGCCAAGAGAAAUGAGGAUUAUGGAAGAGAUGAAGAAGAUGGAGAUGGUUAAGUCAAAUGCAAGCAAGCUUAGAAAAGAGAAGAGGGUGACGAUGGCUACGAAAGCUAUAGAACGGUAUCACAGUGAUCCGGAUUACAAGAUGUUACACGAGCGUGUUUCAGAUCUUUUUGCUGAGCGUAUGCGAUCUGAUAUCAAGUUGUUGGCAGAAGGGAGGUUGAGAGAAAUAAGUUUUGCUGCCAAGUGGUGUCCAUCCGUAAACUCAGCGUACGACAGAUCAACUUUGCUAUGCGAAAGCAUCGCAAAGAAAGUGUUCCCACGGGAAGAGUACCCAGAAUAUGAGGGUGUGGAAGAAGAACAUUAUGCUUAUCGUGUUCGUGACCGGAUAAGGAAGCAAGUUUUGGUGCCUCUUCGAAAAGCAUUGGAGCUACCAGAGGUUUACAUGCAAAAGAAUCAAUGGGACUUGAUCCCAUAUAAUAGAGUAGCUUCACUAGCAACGGAGCUCUACAAGAACAAGUUUCUAGAGCACGAUAAAUUGAGGUUUGAAGAGUAUCUUGAUAAUGUGAGUUUGGGUAAGGCCAAGAUGAAAGCUGGUACACUGCUACCACACAAGAUCAUUUCAGGUUUGAACCAUCGCGAUGGUGGUCGGGUGGCAGAGCUUCAGUGGAAAAGUAUGGUGGACGAUAUGGCAAAGAAAGGAAAGUUGAACAACUGCUUGGCGAUAUGUGAUGUUUCGGGGAGCAUGAGUUGGAAUAAAGGGGUUGCUAUUCAAGUUUCUGUGGCUCUUGGAGUACUUGUUUCUGAACUAAGCGAGGAGCCAUGGAAAGGGAAGCUUAUCACGUUUAGUGAAAAACCGGAGCUGCAGAUGGUGGAAGGAGAUGAUCUAAGAUCAAAGGUUAAGUUCGUGAAAAACAUGGCCUGGGAUCUUAACACUGAUUUCCAGAAGGUGUUUGAUCUGAUUCUUGAAGUGGCAACGAACGCAGGAUUAACAGAAAGUCAGAUGAUCAAGAGGGUGUUUGUAUUUAGUGACAUGGAAUUUGACCAAGCUUCACUAAAUCCUUGGGAGACAGAUUAUCAAGCAAUUAAAAGGAAGUUUACAGAGAAAGGAUACGGAGGAGCGGUGCCAGAGAUAGUGUUUUGGAAUCUUAGAGACACACAGAGUACUCCGGUGACAGCGCAGGAGAAAGGGGUGGCCCUUGUUAGCGGGUUUUCAAAGAAUCUGUUGAAGUUGUUUCUGGAAGAGGGAGACUUAAACCUUGAGGAGGAUGUCAAGGUGGACCAAGAAAAAGAGAUAAACCCUGAUGAGAAUGUCAAGGAACAAGUAGAGACUAAAACCAUAAACCCCGAGGACGUGAUGGACAAAGCCAUUUCAGAGGAGGAGUACGAGAAACUGGUAGUGGUUGAUUAGCUUCAGUGAAUCGCGGUCGUAGCGUAUUAACUUUUGCAUUUACAAACAGUUAAUGUCAUAGGAUUCAUUAUUUACCUGUUCAAACAUAUUCCAAUUUCUAUGAAUUAAUGAUACUGCAGAGUAGACAGAAGCAUCAAAACUAAUU